CUAGCAGGAAAAUUCAGACGGUACCGCCGCGAACAUCGCAACGUUAGUUUGAAAAAUGUUUCAGCGCUUGACAGACCUACGAGUUGCGGAAAAUGGACCAAGGCGUGAGAAUUACUAGAGAGAAAAACCCGCGGGAGAAGGCUUCUAUUUUUUCUAUUAUAUUAUUCUGUUUCACAGUACCUGUAUUACGAAAAGGACGAAAACAUGGAUUGGAAGAAAACGAUAUAUACCAGGUGCUUCCAAAGUUUGACUCAGAAAAUUUAGGUAAUACGUUAGAAUCCUAUUGGAACAGGAGCAGAUAUUCCAGAAAUAAUAACGUAAAAUCGAAACAAAAUGGUGAAGUAACAUCAAAUGGAUACCAGAAGCAAUCUGUUGAAGAAAAUGAGCCAAGAACGAUAUUCAGAUGUCUUUUAAGAUGCUUUGGUUGUUAUUACUUCGCUCUUGGAGUGAUGCAGCUGAUCAUGAAGACAAUAGCAAUAAUACUACUGCCCAAGGCUAUGUCAAAAUUCGUAGCCUUUUUCCAAACUGACCAAACUACUGUUUCCAAAAAGGAAGCUGUUCUCUACGCCUUCCUUCUGAUAACUAUCAACGUAGUUAACUGUAUAUAUAACCACAACUACCAGCAAAUAGUUAUGGAGUACUCUAUGAAAGUUAGAUCGGCGCUUGGCUCGCUCAUUUAUAGAAAAGCGUUAAAACUAGGGUCAGGAGCCUUUUCUGACGCUUCCAUGGGAAAGGUAGUUACCCUUAUUACGAAAGAUGUCUAUAGUAUAGAUACAGCACUACAGUUUUUCAACGACCUCUGGAUAGGAGUUAUCCAGACCAUUGUUGUAACUUGUGUUCUGUACAAACGAAUAGGAGGUUCAGUUUUUGCAGGGAUUGGAUUUUUCUUACUCAUGGUUCCUUUACAAGUGUAUUGUGGAAAAUGCUUUUCCCAAAAGAGACUGGUGGCCGCAAAAAAUGCUGAAAAAAGGAUUCAGCUGGUUAAAGAAACAUUCACUGCCAUAAAAAUUGUAAAAAUGUAUACCUGGCAAGAAUAUUUCCAUAAGCUUAUUACAACUGCAAGAAUAAACGAGACUGCCAAACUGAGAAUAAUUUAUUAUCUGAAGGCUGUGAUUUUAACUGUUGGUGGACUAACCCAUAAGUUGGCGUUAUUUUUAACAAUAAUAACAUACACCUUAGCAGGACAUGCGGUUAAUGCUGAGACAGUAUACUUUAUACAGCAGUGUUAUAAUGCAUUGAGAUCGUGUUACACUGUAUCAUUUCCAAUGGGAAUCAGUUCUUUAGCUGAAGUAACAGCAGCAAUGAAGAGAUUCCAGGCAUUCUUGACAGCUCCAGAAUUUAAGGAAAGAGAUAGUAGCUCCGUGUCUAUUGUUAAUCCAAAGGUUUAUUUAAACAAAGUAUCUGUCCAAAUUGAUGGAAAGGAAGUGUUGAAUUCUGUAUCCAUAAAUCUAGAGAAAGGCUUACUGCUAGUUGCCGGAAAUAUAGGAAGUGGUAAAAGUACACUACUAAAAACAAUUCUAAAUGAGUACCCUAUAUCAGGAGGAGAUAUAUCCAUAUCAGGGACCAUAUCCUACGCUCCUGAAGAACCAUGGUUGUUCCCUUCAACAAUUCGACAGAACAUUCUUUUUGGUCAACCAUAUGAACAAAGUCGAUAUGAGCAAGUCUUGAGAGUCUGCGCAUUGACUCACGAUAUCAAUAUGUUUAAAGAUCUGGAUAGUACUAUUGUAGGAGAUAGUGGAGUAAACUUGAGCAAAGGACAGCAAGCUAGAAUUUGUCUCGCUAGAGCUGUAUAUAAAAAUAGUGAUAUAUAUUUGUUGGAUGAUUGUUUAUCAGCUUUAGAUGCUCAGGUAAAUAAGCAUGUCUUAAAUGAGUGUAUACGAGGUUUCUUGAAAGACAAGCUCGUUAUAUUAGUAAACAACAAUGUAAAUAAUAUUAAAUCCAUGCCCACUGGUAGUGUGUUGUAUUUAGAAAAUGGUAGAACCCUGGAUCUCAAACAACAAAACGAGGCUUUAGAUAAAAGAAUAACUUACUAUAUUGAUGAAGAUAUAUUAUCCCAUAAUAAGUCACUAAUGGACCCAAACAAUUCAAAUGAACAAUUUGAUGCCACCGAGAGUGACCAGCUGUUGAACGACAAUACUGUUGACGCAAAGAAAAAUCUUUAUCAUGAGGAAACCAAAAAAGGCAAAGUAUUAUGGAAAAAUUACGUAGCAUAUUAUCGAUCAUCUGGAGGAAUCUUAGUGUUGAUUUUGACGAUAAUCGUGUUUUUCUGUUGCCAAGCAGCGCUUUCAGCAUCUGAAAAAUUGAUUAGCAUUUGGGUAAACAAAGAACCAGCACGAAUAAAAAUGAUGAUUAAUAAUAAGACUGAAACUGAAGAAUAUGCGAAACUCUUAUCCCAAACCAACAGAACAGUGAAUUGGUACAUUGGAGUCAUGCUGUUUGGCACAGCACUGACUUUGAUCAGGUCCAUUAUGAACUUCUACUUUUGUACAAGGGCCGGAAGAAAGCUUCACAAAGUACUGAUCGCUGGUCUAUUGAAUGCCAGAAUGGUUUUCUUUGAUCACCAUUACAUUGGCAACAUUGUAAACAGGAUAUCCAAAGAUUUUCAUACGAUUGACGAGAGCAUACCUUUCAUUAUCUAUGAAAAUUUCAGAUCGCUCUUUAUUGUUUUGGGAACAGUAGUGUUGAUAGUAUCGGUAAACAAACUGUUCAUAAUAUUGACAGCAAUUAUGAUCAUUACUCUAUACUUUAUCCAAAGAUAUUACAUAAAUACAGGAAGAAGCUUGAAACGCUUGGAAGCUGCUACGCGAAGUCCAAUGAUCGGAUAUGUCUCUGCUUCUCUGGAAGGCUUGCCAGUAGUUAGAGCUUUCGACCAGGAAGGUGUCUUGAAACACGAGUUUGACAGGCAUCAGGAUCUCUACAUUUCAGCCAACUAUAUGAAUUUAAGUUCAAUAAGAAUGUUUGCCUUUACCCUUGAUAUGGUGGCCACUUUUUUUGUGUCAGCUAUCGUGUUGAUAUUUGCCUUUUGGCUAAAUGGUGCAUCAGCUGGUGACGUUGGACUUGCUGUUAGCCAGGCUAUGUUAUUGACGGGACUUUUACAGUGGGCAAUACGUCAAGCAACAGAGAUGGAAAGUACCAUGACUUCUGUGGAGAGAGUACUAGAGUAUGCUGAAGCUGAACCGGAGGAUAAAUAUGGUAAAUAUGGACAUUGGCCGAGAAAUGGAAACAUUCGGUAUGAGAGUGUUUCACUGACGUACCAAACCACUGGGGAAGAAGCUUUGAAAGAUAUAAGUUUCGAAGUUCCAGCAAAGAGUAAAAUUGGUAUUGUUGGCAGAACUGGAGCAGGAAAAAGUUCUAUAAUUUCCACACUCUUCAGGCUUUACGAUUUUGAAGGAAGAAUCUUAAUUGAUGAUGUAGAUAUUAAAGAACUAUCUCUAGACUUACUUCGUUCUAAAAUAGGUAUUAUUCCUCAAGAUCCUAUCCUAUUUUCUGGAACAAUAAGGACUAACAUUGAUCCACUCAACAUCUACAAAGACUCAGAAAUCUGGAAUGCUUUGGAAAAGGUCCAGAUGAGACCAGUGAUAAUGAGUCUAGACCAAGAAAUUGUUGAUCACGGACAAAGUUUCAGUUCUGGUCAAAGACAAUUGUUGUGCCUGGCUAGAGCACUGCUUUGUAAAAACAAAAUCAUCAUUUUGGACGAGGCAACAGCUAAUAUGGAUUUACACACUGAUAAGUUGAUUCAAAGUAUUAUUCAGGAGAGUUUUGCUGAGUGUACUGUAUUGACUAUCGCGCACCGACUGUACUCUUUUACGAAUUCUGACAAGGUUUUGGUGGUUGAAGAUGGUCAAAUCGUGGAAUUUGAUGAUCCAAAAGUGUUAAUGUUGAAUGAAAAUAGUGUGUUUUGUAGAAUGACAAAAAGUGCAGGUGUAUCUAAUGAUUUUUAAAGAAUUUUUGUAUAAUAAAUUAUUUUUUUGUAGUA